AAUAAAUAAGGGACUAAGCUGAAGGUAAAUUAAUGAAUGAAUGUAACAUAUUCAUGAGUAUGCAGCUGUCAUUUUUGCUGUUCUUUUUAUUUUUUAAACAGAAGGAAAAGACAAACCAGUCAGAUAUGUGUUGUUCUCUGUUUGCCACUUUCACACAUCAAACAGGAAAGAAUGGAUACUGUCUUGGAGACACACACCCUGGAGAAUGGAAACCUGCCGAGAAUCAAAGGCCAGCUCAGAACCAGCAUGAAGACCAAGUAUGUAAGCUUAUAUGAUGGAAACAAACAACAAAUUUGCACACAGCUGUACGUUAUAGAGGGAGCAAAUGAGGGGGAGAAUGAAGGUCAUGAGGUUUUACAGAUGGAAAAAUCAGCCAAAAUGAAACACUCACAAGACACUCCAAUCUUCUGCAAUGAUAUUUUUACAGCAUUAGCUGAAGCUGGAUGUGAGGAGAAAGACAAUAUCAAGGUUGUUCUUACUAAAGGCAUUGCUGGUAUCGGUAAAACCAUAUCUGUACAGAAGUUCAUUUUGGACUGGGCUGAGGGAAACUCCAAUCAGCAAGUAGAUUUCAUGUUUGUGUUUCCAUUUCGAGAGCUGAACUUGAUUCAAGAUCAACAAUACAGUCUUCACAGACUUCUGCUGGACUUUUAUCCUGAGAUCCAAGAUCUGAACACAAAGAUUUUUAAGGAAUGUACGGUUAUGUUCAUUUUUGAUGGUUUAGAUGAAAGCAGAAUACCACUGAUGUUUUCAGAUGGUCAGAAAGUUUGUGAUGUGGCUGAAAAAUCUUCUGUCGGUGCGUUGAUGUCAAACCUGAUGAAAGGAGAGCUGCUUCCUUCUGCUCUCAUCUGGAUCACCACUAGACCAGCAGCAGCCAAUCAGAUCCCCUCAAAAUACAUCAACCGACUAACAGAAAUUCAGGGAUUCGAUGAGCCUCAGAAGGAGGAAUAUUUCAGGAAGAGAGUUAGUGAUGAGCAUCAAGCCAACAGAAUCAUCUCCCACAUCAGAAGAGCAAGAAGCCUCAACAUCAUGUGCCACAUACCCGUCUUCUGCUGGAUCUCAGCCACUGUGCUUCAAAACCUCCUGAAACAAGAUGACAAUGCAGAAAUCCCUCAAACUCUGACUGAGAUGUACAUUCACUUCCUGCUGAUUCAGAUAAACACGAGGAAUCAGAAAUAUGAGGAACGAGAUCCAGAGAAACUCCUGCAGUCCGGCAGAGAAGUGAUUGUGAAACUUGCUGAAGUGGCUUUCAAACAGCUUAUGAAGGGAAACGUGAUGUUCUACGAAGAGGACCUGAGAGAGAGCAGCAUAGAUAUCACUGACGCCUCAGUAUACUCUGGGAUCUGCACUGAGAUCUUUAAGGAGGAAUCUGUAAUUCAUCAGAGGAAGAUCUAUAGCUUCAUUCAUCUGAGCACUCAGGAGUUUCUUGCUGCUUUCUAUUGGUUUCAUUGCUACAUAAACAGACUCAUGGAACCACUUAAGUUCUUUGAUUCUCUAUACUACUUGCUCAGAGGGAUAGUAGACAAAGCGAUAGAGAGUAAAAAUGGACACCUUGAUCUGUUCCUGCGGUUCCUGCUAGGUGUCUCAAUGGAGACCAAUCAGAGACUCUUGCAGGGUCUAUUGACACACAAUGAGAACAGCUCAGAGAGCAUCGAGAGAACCACACAGUACAUUAAAGAGAAGAUCAAAGGUGGAGGUGGACUCUCCACUGAAAGAUCCAUCAAUCUGUUCCUCUGUCUGCUGGAAGUGAAGGAUCAGACGUUGUCCAGAGAGAUUCAGGAUUUUGUCAAAUCAGAGAAGCAUUCAGAGAAGAAACUCUCUCCUGCUCACUGCUCAGCGGUUGCCUACAUGCUUCAGAUGUCACUGGAGGUGCUGGAUGAGCUGAACUUUAAGAAAUAUCACACAUCAGAUGAGGGUAGAGAAAGACUUAUACCUGCUGUGAUCAACUGCAGAAAAGCUAUCCUCACAGGGUGCAAUCUAACUCCUCAGUCCUGUAAAAAUCUGGCAACGGUUCUACAAUCCUCAAACUGUGUCCUGAGAGAGCUGGACCUCAGUAACAAUGACCUGCAGGACUUUGGUGUGAAGCUUCUUUCCGAUGGACUGAAGAGUCUAAACUGUCAGCUGGAGAUACUGUGGUUGUCUGGCUGUAUGGUGACAGAGAAAGGCUGUGGUUUUGUUUCUUCAGCUCUGAGUUCAAACCCUUCACACUUGAGAGAGCUGGAUUUGAGCUACAAUCACCCAGGACCAUCAGGAGUUCGGCUGCUCACAGACAAACUGCAUGAUCCAAAAUGCUCACUCAAGAUACUCAACUUGAGUUACAGUGGCCAUUUCAGGAUCACACCAGGACUGCAAAAAUAUGCCUGUGAUCUGACUUUGGAUCCAAACACAGUAAACACACUACUUAUUCUGAGUGAGGAGAACAGAAAGGCAACACAUGUGGAAGAACAGCAGUCAUAUCCCGAUCUUCCAGAGCGAUUUGAGCACCAGGAGCAGGUUCUGUGUCAAGAGGCUCUUACUGGACGCUGUUACUGGGAAGUAAAAGGGACUGGGAGAGUUGAUACAUCUGUGACGUAUAAAGGAAUCGGCAGAAAAGGAGGAAGUGAUUGUAGGUUUGGAUACAAUGACAAAUCCUGGAGUCUGUACUGCUGUAAAAACAGAUACACUGCCUGGCACAAUAAUACGAAUCUAGACAUACCUGCGCCUUUACCACAAUCUGACAGAGUAGGAGUGUAUUUGGACUGUUCUGCUGGCACUGUGUCCUACUACAACGUUUCUGACAAACACACACUCACACACAUACACUCAUUUCACACCACAUUCACUGAAUCGCUGUAUGCUGGAUUUAAAGUUUAUCCUGAUUCUUCAGUGUUUCUGUGUCAACUGAAAAACCUGCGUGUAAGAAAAGACAAAUCUCUAUCAUAAUUACUGAUGUGUGGCGACAAAUUUAUUUUAAUAAAUGUUGCCUAAUUUAU